UACCCAUUCAAACGAAGCUGACAGAAAUGGAUCUGACAUUAUAGCAUACAUCACAACUUUAAUAGCAGGUGCAUGCGUUUGAGUGUAUUUCUUCAAGCAGUAGCUCAGAAUAACAAUAUAGUAAAGAAGUUUUCUCUGGCAAUAGAGUGUCUUUAGUUUGCUGUACUCACAUCGUGUGCACUUUGAUGAGUGAGUUUUUCUACUCCUGUUAAGAGGAUUAUAGUUGGAUUUAUUAUUUCAUGCGAAAUGGAUUCGAUGAAAAGAUUGUUUGUGAUAUUUUUGAUGUUGAGCUACGGGACACUUUAUACUUCUCAGAACACUCCUGAUAGCAAUGAAUCAGACGAGGAUAGUGCUGAAGCUAUUACAAAGACGCCCUCCGAGCAGGAUAUGAACCUCAAGCUUCUAGAAACCAUAGAGAGGGAGCAGAUUGGGAACUUGACAGGUCGACUAAUAGAACAAUUCAUCGAUAAAGUCACCGAUGAAAUUAAUUCUAUCGAGAAGGAGCUUCAUGACCACAGGAGGAAUCUACUACAUUCUGGUUGGGAGCUGUUGGCCAGACGAUUAGCUGGGACUGUAUUCCUGUUAGAACAGAGCAGCUGCUCAGAGAAACUGGGGAAGAAGGUGAAAAAUGUUUUGCUUGAGGGUAGAGGGUACAUCAGGAACUGUGCUGCUAAUCACGACGUGAUGAGGGGAUUCAAGGAUUGGGUAAGGUUCACUCUUGAGAUGCUCCAAGAUCUACAGAAUAAAUUCAAGACAGAUGUUGAACAAUGCAGGAACAAGAACCAGAAAAGAAGUGUCGAAGACUGUUUUGUGAGGCUUUUCCACUACAACGAAAACAGGAAAAUUCAGUUCAGAAGAGAUAUCUUUCAGAGGUUUAAAGAGAGCGCACAUACGGCAAAUGAUAACUUGGAGGAAAACUGGUUUAAGUGUACUGUGAGGUGUAUGGGCGCCGCUAAGAAAACCAAUGAUAUUUUGGAGAAAAUGAUAAAACUACAGCUGACUGAAUCUGAUACUUUCUCGGAUUGUGACAUGUUUUCAGGAGUGAUUUCUCCGGCAUUCAAAAUAAGGCCUCAUGAAUCUGGUCUUGAACCUUAUUUCAGGGAGAUUAAAGGUGCUAGUUUGAUUAGAUUGGAGGAUCCUUAUCAUGUUUUCAUGACUGAUUUCUGAAUUUUCGAACUACAACAGAAAUGAUGCAAGAAACCCAAUCGGGUUUCAUUCAAACUCUUCCAUGUAUUUCAACUUUUCAUUCAUGUCAUUACUUUUUCACAUAGAUUUGUUUCACAUACAACCAUGAUCAGCAAAAUCACAGUGCUCAAUUGGGUUUCAUUCAAACUCUUCCAUGUAUUUCAACUUUUCAUUCAUGUCAUCACUUUUACACAUAGAUUUGUUUCACAUUCAACCAUGAUCAGCAAAAUCACAGUGCUCAAUUGGGUUUCAUUCAAACUCUUCCAUGUAUUUCAACUUUUCAUUCAUGUCAUCACUUUUACACAUAGAUUUGUUUCACAUCCAAUCAUGAUCAGCAAAAUCACAGUGCUCAAUAAUUGGGUUUCAUUCAAACUCUUCCAUGUAUUUUAACUUUUCAUUCAUGUCAUCACUUUUACACAUAGAUUUGUUUCACAUCCAAUCAUGAUCAGCAAAAUCACAGUGCUCAAUAAUUGGGUUUCAUUCAAACUCUUCCAUGUAUUUUAACUUUUCAUUCAUGUCAUCACUUUUACACAUAGAUUUGUUUCACAUACAACCAUGAUCAGCAAAAUCACAGUGCUCAAUUGGGUUUCAUUCAAACUCUUUCAUGUAUUUCAACAUUUUAUUUGUCCCAUCCAUGUCAUAACUUCUUCUCAUAGCUUUGUGUUACAUCAAACCAUAAUCAGCAAAUUCAUAGUGUUUUUGGGGGUGACAUUUCUUAUCAAUGUUCAGUUAUUUUUUGUGAUUGAUGUAUUGUGAAAUGUGAUAUUAUUUUGACAAUUGCAUUAUUUGUUCUCAAAUCACAAUCACGUUGUGUCUUCUUAACUCAUUUCAUAACUCACGUUGACGCUUCUCUCAAUUUUUGAAUCACUCUACCACUAUGCUUAAUUCUUUUCAAAAUAAAAUCGGGAAUUUCGUGUUGAUUAGUGACACUUUAUUGUGUUUGUGAGUAUAUUUUUCCAUACAAGUAUUUAUAUUGAAAUGCUCAGGAAAGAAUGUAAGGAGGAAGGGCAUCACUGAACACAAAUGAUGAAAUAUCGUUUAUAUUAUUAUUUUUGUAAUAAAUGAUUCAAUAAAUGAGAAUAAAGUGAUAGAAUGUCAAUGGAUAUUACCAUAGAGAAACAAUGGCAUAAGUAGAUAUCCCAUGGUAUAGGGCG